AUGUUUUCCACUACAAGAAGUUCAAGAAUCAUGAGACUCGCAAGACAAGAAAAUAAGUGCAGAUAUUCAGACGAUAUUGGAGUAGCAGUGAAGCAAGAUGCUGGAUCAGUAAUGGACAAAAACAAGCAUUAUGAAUAUUAUGGAUGCCCUAAUUUUGAAUCAGCAGAUAUGAGUGAAGAUAAAAACCAGCAAAACAGCAAACUUCAUUGUCGAGACUAUAGAUGCCAUUUGAUGAAAUCUGCUCAUCUAAAUCCUCCUGAUUUCUUAGUUCCGAAAGAAACCAAUGUUUUCAAUCCCACCAUUCAUGACGUGCCAUCCGACGAUAUGUGGAAACAAAUUUUCACCAAUGAUACACCCAAUAAAAACAUGUUGGCUUCGCUAUCUGGACUGGAUGAAGUAGACAAUCAACCAUCUUGUUCUUUUUAUGGUACCUCUAGCAACCAAAUGAACACUUAUGAUAAAAAUAAUGUAGAAGAGGAUAUUUACCUUUCGUCAUCUGAAAAUGAUCCAUUUGAGACGGAUGAAGACUCAGAUUACGAAGAAGAUUCUGAAAUCGAAGACGAUAGUGUACAAAAUCUACCAAUUAGAAAACAGAAACGGAAAUGCAUUAAACGAUUUACACAGAAAGAAAAAACGAGGAAAAGAACAAGAAAUGUGACUACAUGGAAAAGGAAUGAAAUAAAAUUGGCAAGAAAUUCAGGCAAAGAAUACCUAGACUGGAAAGGAAAUACUCACAGUGCAAGAAAGUUGAAAGAUCCAUGUAAAAAUUGCAAAAAGAAAUGUGUAGAGAGAAUCGGUCAUACCGAACGAGAAGAAAUCUUCAAAGACUACUGGAGUUUAGCUGAUAUUAACCGGCAAAGGGACUUUAUAGCACAUCAUGUUGUAGUAAAGGUUAAAGGUAGAACUAGGUUACAAAAACAAUCUUUAAAUUCGGAUGAUUCUGACGAACCACCAAUCAUGCAAGAGAGAAGCAGACGUACUUUUACCAAUUUCUAUUACUUGACGGUACGAGAAGAAAGAAUUUCCGUUUGUCAAAUUUUCUUUCUAAACACACUUUGUAUAAGUGCUCAAGUGGUGAAGACCGUGAUCAAAAAAUUGGGAUCUACAGGCGUUAUUAGUGCCGACAAAAGGGGAAAAGUUUGCAAAAACUCCCAAAUUGAUGAUACUGUGAAGCAAACAGUAAGGAAUCAUAUCAAUUCAUUCGAUUUUAGCGAAAGCCAUUACUGUAGAAUAAACACCUCCCGUCUUUAUCUACCACCAACUCUUAACAUAUCCAAGAUGUAUGUUUUAUAUGAGGAAUAUUGUAAUGAUAACAACAUCAAAGAUACCGCCACAGAAAGUAUGUAUCGCACUAUUUUUGUAGAGGAAUUCAAUAUAUCCUUUUUUAAGCCUAAAAAAGAUCUUUGCGACAUUUGCCAUGCAAAUGAGAACUCAUCGGAAGAAGAAAAACUGAAAAUUGAAGAAGAAUACCGGUUACAUAGAGAAAAUAGGUUAAAAGCAAGAGAAUCUAAAGAUAGGGAUAAGAAAAAAGCUACUGAAAGUUCGAGUUUCGUAGCAGCAGCAUUUGACCUCCAGAAAGCUCUUCCUGUACCUAAAUCUGAGGUUGGAUUGGCAUAUUACAAGUUGAAACUUCAAACCUAUAACUUUUCAAUUUACAACUUAGCUAAUAAUAACGGACUGUGUUUCAUGUGGUAUGAAUGCAUAGCGAAAAGAGGUUCAUGCGAAAUUGGAAGUUGCCUCAUUCUUUUUGUUAAAGAGCAUGUUCAAAAAGGAGUGAAAGAAUUUUCAUUUUUCUCUGACAAUUGCUCAGGGCAAAAUAGAAAUAAAUAUUUGUUCAGUUUAUAUAACUACCUUACACAGAAAUACCAAAUUACUAUUCGCCAUCAGUUUAUGGAACGAGGACAUACACAAACAGAAGGCGACUCAAUGCACAGUGUUAUUGAAAAAGCUGCUAGACAUAUCCCUAUUUAUACCCCUGAACAAUGGUACACGUUAGUGCGAACUGCGAAGAGACGUCAACCUUACGAAGUUGGAGAAAUUUCUCAGAAUGACGUAUUCGAUUUGAAGCUUUUGCAACAAUCGACUACUAUUAACUGGGAGAAAGACGAAACAAAUGAAAAGAUUCAUCUUAAUAAAUUUCGAAUUGUUGUUUCUAACGUCCAGUUUCCGAAUAAAAUAUUUUUUAAAUACAGCUACGAUGAAUCGGAACCUUUCAAAAUUAUUAAUCUGGUUGAAAAAGGCCGACGCAAAAAAGAUAAUGUAGAUAUAAAAAAUACCGAGUUAAAGAAGUGCUAUUUAAGAAAGCUUCCGCUAUCAAAGAAAAAAUUUGAUCAUUUGCAGUUUUUAUGUCAGAAAAAAGCCAUAUUGCCACAAUAUCACGAAUUAUUCUUUAAGAACCUUCCUUAUGCUGCACAAGAAAAUAUAGAUUCGGAUUCUGAUUUGAAUUAA